GGUGCAGGGGAGCGGAGCAGAGCAUCGGCAGUAAGACGCCGCGGUUUUCAACUGGACUUUCGUUUAUCAUGGAGUUACCCGGUGAACGCUGGCCCGACGCGGUGGCUCCCUGACCAAGCUGCCGUCGGGGUUUUUUUUUUCGGGUCUCGACGUGGUCUCCAUCCGUAGGAGGGAUUCCUGAAAGCGGAGAAAAAUGUCGGACAAGAUGUCUAGCUUCCUUCACAUUGGGGACAUUUGUUCCCUAUAUGCAGAAGGCUCCACCAAUGGCUUCAUCAGCACUUUGGGCCUGGUGGACGACCGUUGCGUGGUGCAGCCAGAGUCUGGUGACCUCAACAACCCGCCCAAGAAGUUCCGAGACUGUCUGUUCAAGCUGUGUCCUAUGAACAGAUACUCAGCACAGAAACAGUUCUGGAAGGCAGCGAAACCAGGUGGCAACAACACCACAGACACAGUACUUCUCAACAAGCUGCACCAUGCAGCCGAUCUGGAGAAGAAGCAGAAUGAAUCUGAGAACAGGAAGCUUCUGGGAACGGUCAUACAGUACGGCAACGUCAUUCAGUUGUUGCAUUUGAAAAGCAAUAAGUAUCUGACGGUCAACAAGCGUCUGCCAGCCCUGCUGGAGAAAAACGCCAUGCGUGUCACUCUGGACUCGGCCGGGAACGAAGGCUCCUGGUUCUACAUCCAGCCCUUCUACAAGCUCCGCUCCAUAGGAGACAGUGUAGUGAUUGGGGACAAAGUGGUGCUGAACCCAGUAAAUGCCGGACAGCCUCUCCACGCCAGCACCCAUCAGCUGGUGGACAAUCCAGGCUGUAAUGAGGUGAAUUCGGUGAACUGCAACACAAGCUGGAAAAUAGUCUUGUUCAUGAAAUGGAGUGACAACAAGGAGGUGAUUCUGAAAGGGGGUGAUGUGGUGCGACUAUUCCACGCUGAGCAAGAGAAGUUCCUGACGUGCGACGAUCACAGGAAGAAGCAGUAUGUCUUCCUCCGGACCACAGGCCGCCAGUCUGCCACCUCCGCUACCAGCAGCAAGGCAUUGUGGGAAGUGGAGGUGGUCCAGCACGACCCGUGCCGCGGUGGCGCCGGCUAUUGGAACAGCCUCUUCAGGUUUAAGCACUUAGCCACAGGACACUACCUGGCCGCCGAGGUGAGUGAGGUGAAUCCAGACUAUGAAGAAGAGUCUCAUGAACCCCGUUCUUCAGUGGGAGAUUUUGUACCCUUUAACUUCCAGCUGGACUCAGAGCAUGAGGCCCUGCGAGCACGUCUGCGCACGCCCAAUGAGAAGGUCAUGUACACCCUCGUCUCUGUUCCCGACGGCAACGACAUCUCCUCCAUCUUUGAGCUGGACCCUACCACUCUCAGAGGGGGGGACUCCCUGGUGCCCAGGAGCUCAUAUGUGCGUCUACGCCAUCUGUGUACCAACACGUGGGUUCACAGCACCAACAACCCCAUCGACAAAGAGGAAGAGAAACCGGUCAUGCUUCGGAUUGGCACGUCCACUAUCAAAGAGGACAAGGAGGCUUUCGCCAUAGUGCCCGUGCCCCCUGCCGAGGUGCGAGACCUGGACUUCGCCAACGAUGCCAGCAAAGUACUGGCAUCCAUUGCCGGCAAGCUGGAGAAGGGUACCAUCACGCAGAAUGAGAGGAGGUUUGUGACGAAGCUGCUAGAGGAUUUGGUGUUUUUCGUGGUGGACAUUCCCAAUAGUGGGCAGGACGUGCUCGAGAUUAUGGUCAACAAACCCAACCGUGAGCGACAGAAACUCAUGCGAGAGCAGAACAUUCUCAAACAGAUCUUUAAGCUGCUGCAGGCUCCGUUCACGGACAGCGGCGACGGCCCCAUGCUCCGCCUGGAGGAGCUGGGUGACCAGAGGCAUGCCCCCUUCAGGCACAUCUGCCGGCUAUGUUACCGGGUGCUCCGUCACUCACAGCAAGACUACAGGAAGAACCAGGAGUACAUCGCCAAGCAGUUCCGCUUCAUGCAGAAGCAGAUAGGCUACGACGUACUGGCAGAGGACACCAUCACGGCGCUGCUGCACAACAACCGCAAGCUGUUGGAGAAGCACAUCACCGCCGCCGAGAUCGACACCUUCGUCAGCCUCGUGCGCAAGAACCGCGAGCCCAGGUUUCUGGACUAUCUGUCCGAUCUGUGUGUAUCCAUGAAUAAGUCCAUCCCCGUCACGCAGGAGCUGAUUUGUAAUGCCGUGCUGGACCCAGCCAAUGCGGACAUUCUCAUAGAGACCAAGCUGGUGUUGUCUCGGUUCGAGGUUGAGGGGGUGAGUGUGGGAGAAGCUCCGGUGGACUCGGAGGAGGACGAGGAGGAGGUGUGGUUGUUCUGGAAGGAUGGCGGGAAGGAGGUGCGUAGCAAGAGCAUCAGGGAGCUUGCCCAGGAUGCCAAAGAAGGCCAGAAAGAAGACCAGGAUGUCAUCAGUUACUACAGGUACCAACUCAACCUGUUCGCCCGCAUGUGCCUUGACCGUCAGUACCUGGCCAUCAACAAGAUCUCGGGCCAGCUGGACGUGGACCUGAUCCUGCGCUGCAUGUCGGACGAGGACCUGCCCUACGACCUCCGUGCCUCCUUCUGCCGCCUCAUGCUGCACAUGCACGUGGACCGCGACCCCCAGGAGCAGGUCACGCCGGUCAAGUACGCCCGCCUAUGGUCCGAGAUCCCCUCCAAGAUCGCCAUUGACGACUAUGAUAAUGAUGGCACCACCAGAGAUGAAAUUAAAGAGCGGUUUGCUCUCACCAUGGAGUUUGUGGAGAACUACCUGAGAGAUGUUGUCUGUCAGAACAUCCCUUUCUCUGACAAGGAGAAGAACAAACUCACAUUUGAGGUUGUGAACUUGGCGCGGAACCUCAUUUAUUUCGGCUUCUACUGCUUCAGUGACCUGCUGCGGCUGACCAAGAUCCUGCUGGCCAUUUUGGACUGUGUGCAUGUCAGCACCAUAUAUCCCAUCAACAAAAUGGAGAAAGGGGAUGAGAACAAAGGUAGUAAUGUUAUGAGGUCCAUUCAUGGUGUCGGGGAGCUGAUGACCCAGGUGGUGCUGAGGGGGGGUGGCUUUCUGCCCACCACACCUACAGCGCCACCAGAUGGCGAAGUGGGCAAGACCCAGACGGAGCCAGAAAAGGAGGACAUCCUGGUGAUGGACACCAAGCUGAAGAUCAUUGAGAUUUUGCAGUUUAUCCUGAAUGAGCGGCUGGACUACAGGAUCUCCUGCUUGCUGUGCAUCUUUAAAAGGGAGUUUGAUGAGAGCAACACUCAGACUGACGUUCUGCCGAAUGCUACUCCUACCGCUAAUGCCAGUGCCACCACUAAUGCUUCCACUCCCGCGACUGCUAACGGGGACGGACCAAACAGCAUACCGGUGCUAAAUUUUGAGAACAUCGAAGAACAGGCUGAGGGUAUUUUUGGUGCAAGCGAGGAGAACUCGCCGUUGGACUUGGAUGACCACGGUGGUAGAACGUUCCUGAGGGUUCUGCUACACCUCACCAUGCAUGACUACCCGCCCCUGGUGUCCGGGGCUCUCCACCUGCUCUUUAGACACUUCAGCCAAAGACAGGAGGUGCUCAUGGCUUUCAAGCAGGUCCAGCUCCUGGUGACGAGUCAGGACGUGGACAACUACAAGCAGAUUAAGUCUGACUUGGACCAGCUGCGCUCCAUCGUGGAGAAGUCCGAACUCUGGGUCUACAAGCGGCAGGGUGAUGAUGCCCUGGAUGGCGCUGAUGGACCCAUCGAUUCGGACCAUAAAAAGAAGGGCGACUCGAGCGGCGUGGACAAGAAGAAACCGGAGAGCACUAGCAGCUAUAAUUACAGGGUUGUCAAGGAGAUCUUGCUGAGGUUGAGCAAGUUGUGUGUGCAGGAGGGGGUGUCGGGGAAAAAAAGUAAGAAACAGCAGCAAAGGUUGCUGAGAAACAUGGGAGCUCAUGCGGUGGUGCUGGAGCUACUACAGAUCCCCUACGAGAAGGGCGAGGAUGUCAGAAUGCAGGAGAUUAUGAAGCUGGCUCACGAGUUCCUCCAGAACUUCUGUGCUGGGAACCAGCAGAACCAGGUCCUGCUCCACAAACACAUCAACCUCUUCCUAAACCCUGGGAUCCUGGAGGCACUCACCAUGCAGCACAUCUUCAUGAACAACUUCCAGCUGUGCAGCGAGAUCAACGAGCGUGUGGUGCAGCACUUCGUGCACUGCAUCGAGACGCACGGCCGCCACGUGCAGUACCUCCGUUUCCUGCAGACCAUCGUCAAGGCCGAGAGCAAGUUCCUCAAGAAGUGCCAGGACGUGGUGAUGGCCGAGCUGGUGAACGCCGGCGAGGAUGUGCUGGUGUUCUACAACGACCGGGCGUCCUUCCAGACUCUGGUGCUGAUGAUGCGCUCGGAGCGCGACCGGAUGGACGAGAACGGCCCUCUCGUGUACCACAUCCACCUGGUCGAGCUGCUGGCUGCAUGCACGGAGGGAAAGAACGUCUACACUGAGAUCAAGUGCAACUCGCUGCUGCCUCUAGACGACAUCGUGCGCGUGGUCACGCAUGAGGACUUGCAUCCCAGAGGUGAAGAUUGCUACAUCGACUUCUUGAACCACUGCUACGUGGAUACUGAGGUGGAGAUGAAGGAGAUCUACACCAGCAACCACAUGUGGAAGCUGUUUGAGAACUUCCUGGUUGACAUAUGCAGGGUCUGCAACAACACAAGUGACCGCAAGCAUGCGGACUCCACGCUGGAGCGCUAUGUCACCGAUACGGUCAUGAGCAUCGUCACCACCUUCUUCAGCUCCCCGUUCUCCGACCAAAGCACCAGUUUACAGACCCGCCAGCCGGUCUUCGUGCAGCUACUGCAGGGAGUAUUCCGUGUCUACCACUGCGGCUGGCUCCUGCCAGCCCGAAGGCGUCUGGUGGAGAGCUGCAUCAAAGUCCUCUCUGACGUGGCCAAGAGCCGGGCGAUCGCCAUCCCUGUGGACCUGGACAGCCAGGUGAACAAUCUCUUCGUCAAGUCCAACAGCGUGGUCCAGAAGACCCUCCUGAACUGGAGGAUGUCCGCUCGCAACGCCUCUCGCCGUGACUCUACCCUCACUGGGUCCAAAGACUACCGGAACAUCAUCGAGAAGCUUCAGGACAUCGUCUCUGCUCUGGAGGACCGCUUGCGGCCGCUGGUGCAGGCAGAGCUCUCUGUGCUCGUGGACGUGCUGCACCGACCAGAGCUGCUGUUCCCGGAGAACACAGAUGCUCGCCGCAAAUGCGAGAGCGGAGGCUUCAUCUCUAAGUUGAUUAAACACACUAAGCAGCUGCUGGAGGAGAAUGAGGAGCGUUUGUGUAUUAAGGUUCUGCAGACUCUCCGAGAAAUGAUGACAAAGGACCGGGGUUACGGAGAAAAGCUAAUCACCUUUGAUGAUGAGCUGGAUGUGGCUGAGCUGACCCCGCCCCCCGAGGCUGACUCUGUCAUCGAGGAUCUUGAUCCCAGCCAGCCCCAGAAGCAGCUGGAGGACCAGAAGCGGGGUGAAGCUUUGAGGCAAAUCCUAGUCAACCGUUACUAUGGCAACUUCAAGCCAGGAGGGCGGAGAGACAGCCUGACCAGCUUCAGCAAUGGACCCCUUGCCCCAGGGGGCCAGAGUAAAGCUCCUGCAGCAGGCAGCGGGGGGUCGGCGGUCACGCGGGGGGAGAUGACCCUGGCCGAGGUGCAGUGCCACCUCGAUAAAGAGGGCGCGUCUGACCUGGUCAUCGACCUCAUCAUGAACGCCACCACGGACCGCAUCUUCCAGGAGAGCAUCCUGUUGGCCAUCGCCUUGCUCGAGGGCGGAAACACCGUCAUACAACGGUCGUUCUUUAUCCGACUGACGCGUGACAAUAAGUCGGAGAAGUUCUUCAAGGUGUUCUACGAGCGCAUGAAGCUGGCGCAGCAGGAGAUCAAAGCCACCGUCACGGUCAACACAAGCGACCUGAGCAGCAAGCGGAAAGACGAGGAUGCCGGGGACAAAGAGGCACCUGCCAAAAAGAAAGCGAAGGACGUCGCCGUGGUCACGGACGAGGUGCGCGAGCAGCUUCUGGAAGCUUCCACAGCCACGAAGAAGGCCUUUGCUGCGUACCGGCGGGAGGUGGACCCGGACGAGCACCUGGGUGGGGCCGAGGUCCAGGCCAGCUCAGGUGACAAGAACCAGGACGAGGGCGAGAUGAGCGUUACCAUUACCAUCAUGCAGCCUAUCCUGCGCCUCAUGCAGCUUCUGUGUGAGAACCACAACCGCGAGCUGCAGAACUUCCUGCGCUGUCAGAACAACAAGACCAACUAUAACCUGGUGUGUGAGACCCUGCAGUUCCUGGACUGCAUCUGUGGCAGCACUACUGGAGGCCUGGGCCUGCUGGGCCUCUACAUCAAUGAGAAGAACGUGGCCCUCAUCAACCAGACUGUCGAGAGCCUGACCGAGUACUGCCAGGGCCCCUGCCAUGAGAACCAGAACUGCAUCGCCACCCAUGAAUGCAACGGCAUAGACAUCAUCAUUGCUCUCAUCCUUAAUGACAUCAACCCUCUGGGAAAGAAGAGGAUGGACCUCGUGCUGGAGCUGAAGAAUAAUGCCUCCAAGUUGCUGCUGGCCAUCAUGGAGAGUCGUCAUGACAGCGAGAACGCCGAGCGGAUCUUGUACAAUAUGAGGCCUAAGGAACUGGUGGAGGUGAUAAAGAAGGCCUACCUGCAGGGAGAGAUCGAGGUGGACCACUCAGACGAUGAUAAGGAGGGUGAGGAAGAGCACGCUGCUUCUCCACGCAAUGUGGGCCACAACAUUUAUAUCCUGGCCCAUCAGCUGGCCAGACAUAACAAGGAGCUACAGGCCAUGCUUAAGGCAGGAGGCACGUAUGGCGACGGUGAUGAAGCUCUGGAGUACUACGCCAAACACACAGCUCAAAUUGAGAUUGUGCGCCUGGACCGUACCAUGGAACAGAUCGUCUUCCCUGUGCCCAACAUCUGCGAGUUCCUCACACAGGAGUCCAAGCUGCGUGUGUACUAUACCACGGAGCGUGACGAGCAGGGUAGCAAGAUCAACGACUUCUUCCUGCGCUCCGAGGAUCUCUUCAAUGAGAUGAACUGGCAGAAGAAACUGCGAGGUACUCAAGAGACCCCUGGCAACGCGAACUCCGUGCCCUCUCAACCAAUCCUGUACUGGUGCUCAAGGAACAUGUCAUUCUGGAGCAGUAUCUCCUUCAACCUGGCUGUGCUCAUGAACCUGUUGGUGGCCUUCUUUUACCCACUGGGAGGUGUGCGUGGAGGCACCUUGGAGCCUCACCUGUCAGCUCUGUUAUGGGCGGCCAUGUUGGUGUCACUGGCCAUCGUGAUCGUGCUGCCUCAGCCCCACGGCGUGCGGGCUCUCAUCGCCUCCAUCAUUCUCCGCCUCAUUUUCUCCGUCGGCCUCGAACCCACGCUCUUCCUGCUCGGGGCCUUCAAUUUGUGCAAUAAGGUGAUUUUCCUAAUGAGUUUCGUGGGGAAUCGGGGCACGUUCACGCGAGGUUACAGGGCGAUGAUCCUGGAUGUGGAGUUCCUCUACCACCUGCUCUACCUCAUCAUCUGUAGCUUGGGAGUCUUUGUCCAUGUGUUCUUCUACAGCCUGCUGCUCUUCGACCUGAUCUACCGGGAGGAGACGCUUCUGAACGUGAUAAAGAGCGUGACUAGGAACGGACGCUCCAUCGUGCUCACCGCCGUGCUUGCCCUCAUCCUCGUCUACCUCUUCUCCAUCGUCGGCUACAUCUUCUUCAAGGACGACUUCAUCCUCACCGUCGACCGCAUACCCAACAAAACGCUCCAGCAAUCAGCCACGAUGAUGAGCGAGUUCCUCUCAGGUGGAGUUUGUCGGAAAGAUGGUGGUGUGGAAAACUGCACAGCAGACGUUACGAUGGAGGCAGCUCUGGUGGUGGAAGAUAAGGAGCGCACCUGCGACUCUCUCCUCAUGUGCAUCGUCACCGUCCUCAGUCACGGGCUGCGGAGUGGUGGUGGGGUGGGCGAUGUGCUCCGAAAGCCCUCAAAAGAGGAGCCGCUGUUUGCCGCCAGGGUGAUCUACGAUCUGCUCUUCUUCUUCAUGGUUAUAAUCAUUGUGCUCAACCUCAUCUUUGGCGUCAUUAUCGACACCUUUGCCGACCUGAGGAGCGAGAAGCAGAAGAAAGAGGAGGUGCUUAAGACGACCUGCUUCAUUUGUGGCUUGGAGAGAGACAAGUUUGACAACAAGACGGUGACGUUUGAGGAGCACAUCAAGGUGGAGCACAACAUGUGGCACUACCUGUUCUUCAUCGUCCUCAUCAAGGUCAAGGACUCCACGGAGUACACAGGUCCGGAGAGCUACGUCGCUGAGAUGAUCAGGGAGCACAAUCUGGACUGGUUUCCACGGAUGCGGGCGAUGUCGUUGGUGAGCAGUGACGCGGAGGGCGAGCAGAACGAGAUCAGGAAUCUGCAGGAGAAGUUGGAGUCCACCAUGAAGCUGGUCUCCAACCUGUCCAGCCAGCUCACCGAGCUAAAGGAACAAAUGACGGAGCAGCGUAAACAGAAGCAGAGGAUCGGACUUCUGGGACAUCCCCAACACCUGAACGUGAACCCCCAACAGCCUGCCUGAGCUCAGCUGUGUGUGUGUGUGUGUGUGUGGGUGUGUGUGUGUGUGUGUGUGUGUGUGUGUGUGCGCGUGCGCGCGAGAGCUGCGCCCACACUCGACACCUGCUCGACGAACCAGACCUGCCUGCCGCUCAUCCUUCCACGUGGACCACACGCAUCAUUCAGCGAGCAUGCGUGUGCCAGCGUGCACAUGCCAGUAGAGAUCGUAGUUGUCUGCACCUGCCAAAAUAAAAAGGGGAAAAUUGAAAACAAAAGACAAUUUUUUUUUUUUUUUUUUUUUUUUUUAAACACGAACCCUUUAUACCACUGGGGGAAAAUUCUUCUGCUCAUCACGCUUACUUGGUCACGUGUGUGUGUGUGUGUGUGAGAGUGUGUGUGUGUGUGUGUUUGGGAGGACAAGGCCUUGCCAGGUAUGGCUUGCUAAAUGAGGCACACUGGUUGGUAUGACUAGAUAGAUGCUGUUUAAACACAUACUACAGAAGGAUCUUUUUUGUAUCCACGAACCAGUCUGGCGAGCCGUAUUUUAUGUCUUAUUUUUGUAUUUUGUGCAAUAUUGAUACUUUAAUAUGCAACCUUAUUGAGCUGUAAAAUGUGUCUUACUGGGGUAAUGAGGCUCUCUCAGGAUAAAGGGGUUCUCUUUAUUUGCCUUUAAGGCCAUAGUAGGAAGCUGAGGACAUAUAAGUUCAUAGUCAGUUUAGUACAAGUUCUAAGAGACAUGAAAUCGCACAUGUUGGUCUUUUUCUUUUCUUAUCUAUUUAUUUAAUUUAAAGAAAUUACAUUCAAAGAAGAUUGUAUGUUAUGGCACAGUGUAAGGUUUAUGAAUUUCCUCUACAGGGUUCCCUACUUUGUUUUAUUAUCCAUGCUUUUUUUGUCUGUUGUUGAACCCGUGGCUUAAGGGUCUUCUGCGUUCAGGGUGAUAAAGUAUAAGAUUAGUAUUUAAGAUGUUUAGCCUGGUAAACUUUGUUUCUUCAUCCUAAUUCUACUUCUAGAGCACUUGAACAAUAUGCUACAUCUCACCCUGCUUAUAAUGGCCUGUCUGGUGAGCAGCUCUUUGAGGGGGGGCCGUGAGAAUGGGAAGAGGGAAAAGCCCCCCCCCCCCACCUCCACUUCUCAGCGUUGCGAUAGAAAGGCAGUUUGCAGUGUAGUGCUGUCCACAGAGGACAGAAGUAAGGCAUAGAAAGCUACCCGCACUACCACUGCACAAUGUGUUGUGGGUUGGGGGGGUGGGGGGUGGAGAAGCAAGAUCAGGUCAGUCUGUCUCUCCUCUAUCUUUCUCUAAUGUUUCCUUUCAAAGAAUUAUAUAUACACAUAUAAAAUGUGCACCAUGUCAUUUGCUUUUGUAUAGAGGUAAAAAUUCUAUCAUAGAAAUUAAGAGCAGUGUUACUAAAAGAUGAAGUUGAGUCUAAUUUAAUAGAGAUAUGUUGUCAAGAUUGUAAAUUAAUUUAGCAAUGUUUAAUAAAAUCUGUAAUUCACCUUGAAAACUUUUUUUCCCUGCUCCUUGUGUAGCAUGCUUAACAUAAAGGUCGAUUUACUGUUUGAUACUGGAGGAAGACACCCAGAGGUAGACGUCAUGCCAGGCGUGUCCUAAAUAAAUGCAUAUGUAAAAGUAUUAAAUAUAUAGUGUAAUAAAAGGCAAAAUAUCACUGUAAA